AUGGCGCAAGAUGGCAUGUCGAUAAUACCCUAUCACGCCUCCAACCGUGACGUCGUACUGCGACAUAAUGACUCCGUUGUCGUCCUCGACCGUGAAUCCCGGCAGCUGGUCAUCCGAAGAGACAGCAACAGUCACAAUGACAACGACAUCGAAUUGAUCGACUGCCCAUACUGUCAUCGUCCCAUGCGAGAUGGAGAAGCUGGCCGCCAAGGACGCCAUGGCUCAACCUCUAGCCAGGCAGAAUUCGUCAAUCCGGACUACUUCCGCUUGCUUCAUAAUAGCCUUCCCAACUCGACAGAUACGCCAGGUCCGCCGUCUCCGCGUCGACGGCUCGUUCAACCGGUCCUCGCUGAUGGACCGACGACUGGAAGUUCGGAUGGUGGACGCACCCCCGGGCCACAAGGGAUAUCUGCCGCAGCUUUUUCCCAGAAUUACUUCAAGAAUUUCUUCGUGGAGGAGACUGAACUUGGGAGGGGUGGCAAAGGCGUGGUUCUGCUAGUUAAGCAUGUGCUGGAUGGAGUCUCACUCGGUCAUUAUGCCUGCAAGCGUGUUCCUGUUGGAGAUGAUCACGAGUGGCUAGAGAAGGUCCUAGCCGAAGUGCAGUUGUUACAGCAUCUCUCCCAUCAGAACUUGGUCUCCUAUCGUCAUGUCUGGCUUGAAGACGUCAAGCUCACUACGUUUGGGCCAAGUGUGCCGUGUGCCUUCAUUCUUCAGCAAUACUGCAAUGCAGGAGACCUGCACAAGUAUAUCUACGGUUCCGCAGAGCGUCCGAGCACUGCACAGCAGUUGAAGGAACGUCUGAGGAGACGCUCGAAAGGGCAACCCGAACCACCAUCGGAUCUCUCACGUCCGAGGAAGCUUCACUUUGAGGAGAUAUACUCCUUCUUCAAGGACAUCACUUCCGGUCUGCGUUUCCUUCAUGCUAACGGCUACAUCCAUCGUGAUCUGAAGCCUAGCAACUGUCUGCUGCAUAAGACCGGAGAUGAACUGCGGGUACUUGUAAGCGAUUUCGGUGAGGUCCAGUCUGAGAAUACCGCUCGCAGAUCUACUGGCGCAACAGGCACGGUGUCGUACUGUGCACCAGAAGUCCUGCGCCAGGAGUAUCCAGGAGGACCAUUCGGAAACUUCACAUUCAAGUCCGACGUCUUCUCUCUGGGCAUGAUCCUUUACUUCCUCUGCUUCGCUCAGCUGCCUUACCGUAAUGCUGACAUCAUCAACGAAGAAAAGGAGGAUCUUGACCAGCUCCGUGCGGAAAUCAGUCAAUGGGGUGGGUUUGAUGAUGAGCGUAGAAUACGAGCGGAUCUUCCUGAGAAACUAUACACUUUCCUCAGGCGAUUGCUAUCUGUCGACCCUGCCAGACGGCCUACUGCAGAUGAAGUAUUGACUGGCAUCCAAGCUGGCGUGAAUGGCAAUGAAAACCGUCGCUUUGCGAGAGCAAGCUCUGCCAGUCCCGAUUUCCGUUCCAGCUCUCGCAUUCAGCCGGUUGAUAGCCCGGCACCUGAAUCUGAUGCCCGACUUACACAGUCACCGUCAAGGAGGACUGCCGUUGAAGCUGAUGUUGGCAUGCGUCAGAGCCCAUUGUAUGAAUCGAGGAAAGGCGCGACCAGUCAGACUCCGGAGACUGAUCGUCGUCUCUCGGGAAGCCCCGAGGGACACCUUAUACUCCGUCCCCGGUAUUCUCCGUCACCUUCUCUAUCCCCGUUUGGGAGCCCCGAGCAGGACGAUCAUUAUGGUUCUCACCACAUCCACCGACCACCAUUACUACCGCCGCCGCCAACUCGAUUUUCUCUCCAAACGAUUACUUUCUACCUGAGAUAUUUCUCUUACCGUCAUGUCACCUUACCAUUACUUCAGGUAUCAUUCUUCCUCGUCAAAAUCAUUGCUGCUUUCCAACCAUGUUCCCCUCUGGCGGUGAACCCCUGGGUGUUCUAUCCUCUACUUUUCCUCGCUACCGUGACCCUCGGGGCACGGAGCGUCCGGGCCCAAUCAGUUGCCCUGAUUUUACAUCUUGCAGUAGUAGCACUCUGUUACCGGUCUGCUCUUCUAUGUCUGUUGGGCUUUCCAACCAACACUCCUAUACUCUUUUAA